AUGCCUAUUAGGGAGGUACUUAAUAGAAUGGACAUGUUGAUCAAAAUCAAUGAGUGUGAUGUUUCUGGGGAUCUGAGGUUUUACUGGAAAUUAGUCACAUCUCUCGAGAACAAGAAGAAAGCUAAAUCUUGGGGACAAGCAGUUACGGAGGACCUUUGGGGAUGGCUCUUUAACCCCCGAGAACAGAACCGAAAAUACAGAGAAGCAUUUGCUAAACAUGAGUUGGAGAACAAAACCAAGGUUGAGUCUUGGAGAAAAGCACUUGUGGAUGCAAGUAACAUUUCUGGAUGGGAACCCAAGCACGUUGCCAACGGGCAUGAAUCAAGGGUUAUCAAAGAAAUUGUUGACACAAUUUCACAUAGGUUGCAAUUAGUACCUUCAAGUGCCAAUAAGAAUCUGGUCGGAAUGGCGGCUCGGAUGCAACGUUUGAAAUUAGAGUUACAAAUUGGGUCGGGAGGUGUGCGGAUGAUUGGAAUAUGGGGGGUUGGGGGUGGUGGUAAGACUACUCUUGCAUCUUCUAUUUAUGAUGAAAUCUCUAGCAAUUUCGAUGGUUGUUGCUUUGUGAAAAAUAUCCGGGAGGAAUCAAGCAAGAACGGUUUGCUAUUAAGCUCUUUCGCAAGCACGCAUGCCAGGAUUACACAUCCAUGGAAGAAUAUGAGCACUUGCAUUUCUGGUGGGCUUCCAUUAGCACUUGCAGUUCUUGGUUCAUUUCUGUGUGACAAAAACAUUAAUGAGUGGAGGAGUGCAUUAGCCAGGCUGAAAGAGAUUCCAAAUGAUAACAUUGUGGAAACACUAAAAAUCAGCUUUGAUGGACUUACAAAGGUUGAGAGAGAGUUGUUCCUUGAUAUUGCAUGUUUCUUUAGGGGGAGGGAGAAAGACGAGGCAAUGGAGAUACUUGAGGCUUGUGGUUUUCAUCCAGUUAUUGGAGUGAAGGUGUUGAUACAAAAGCCUCUCAUAACUAUUUCAGAAGAUGGACAUUUUGAUAUGCAUGAUCUGGUGCAAGAAAUGGGACACCACAUUGUUAGAGGGGAACGCCCUAACAAUCCUGAAAAACAUACCAGAGUUUGGAAGGAGGAAGAUGUUGCAAAAAUAUGUGAUAUAGAUGCAACCUCGGAACUUGACAAGAUCGAAGCAAUUAUAAUGGUUUUCCGGUUUCAGCCAGCAAAAAAACAAGCACAAUAUCUCCCUUCGGUUGCUGCAAACAUGAAGAACCUUUGGUAUAUGGAAUCGUUUGGUGAUCCUGCUAAAUCAUUGUUUAAUGACAUUCCACUAAGGGAGCUUUGUUGUCUUAUAUUGUUCUCGGGUUCGCAAAACCAACUUUGGGAGGGUUGUAAGGUGCUCCCAAGUUUGAAGUUAUUGAGAAUUUGUGAUAUGUAUAACCUAAUCAUGACACCAGAUUUUAAUGGACUUCCAAAUCUUAAAAGAUUCAUUCUUCAUGAAUGCCCGUGUUUAGAAGAAAUUCAUCCAUCAAUUGGCUACUUGGAAAAACUUGUUUUCUUAUCUAUAGAACAAUGUGGGGGUCUUGAUAUGUUUCCACCCAUUAUGGGAUUAAAGAAACUCAAGACCCUUUCAUUCAAAGGGCACCUCAAAUUUGUUAAGUUUCCAAAGAUCCAACAAAAGAAGAUGGAGAAUUUACCACAUCUUAAUUUGGAUAAUAGUGGCGAUCAUGAGGAGCCUUGUUUAUGUCGAUUAGGGUUUUUUCACAACUUGCAAGAACUUCGCUUCUUAAGGAAGUUGGAUCUCUGCUGGAGCAAUUUGGGAGAUGAAGACAUAGGCUCUGAUGUUUUAGAGUUUCCCAACUUACAAGAACUCAAUCUAUACGGAAAUAAGUUUUCACAGCUAAGUUUUAGUUGCUUGCAAUUUCCUCGGCUCAAAUGGCUCGACGUAUCAUACUGCAAAGAACUUGUAGAGCUGUCAGAGCUGCCACAAAGUAUAGCUAUUGUUAUAGCGGAUUAUUGUGACUCACUUGAAAGCUUUGGAGAUAUUUCAAAACUGUAA